UUUUGCCUUUGUGAUUCUGUAACGUGAACUAAUGGAAGCAGGCACUCAGAGGGCAACAGCGGUGCGUAGAGAAGGUUGACUGAGUGAGGUGUAUGAUUCACACUGGGCUAACAGUAGUUAGCAAGAGCUCACUGAAAAGUUUGAUACAAAAUGUACUUUAACCAGCCAGCUACCAGACACGGAGACUGUACUGCAAGCAUACAGGACAGACUAUUUGACAGUAUUGACAGAUGAAUUGGGAUUUGUUUUUACAAGUUCAGAGCUAGCUAACGUAAGCUAGCUAGUGUUAGCUAGCUGCUAGCAAACAACACCUCACAGCCAGCGAAUCGAAUCAAGUGCUAAUAGACACGUUUUGGUAACUUCACCGGUACACAUUCUUUGGAAAAGCAAGCAACACCAUUGAGAAAGGGGAGACCAUGUCAGCAACAUCAUGACAGACAGGGAAGAGGCGCUUUAGCACCCUGACCACAAGGUAAGGUGCCAUGGAUGUGUUACAGCAGCUACCUUCCCCUGAGCACCUUGAACAGGUGAAUGGGGAGACUAGGACAGGCCCGCAGCCCCUAUGUGGCCCAAACUCUCCACAUCCCCUGGACACGGCAGCUGAUGAUAUAUGGACUGCAAGGGAGGUGGAGGCAGUGGCCCCUGACUUUGGAGGGUUGACGGACCUGCAGGAGCUGGGGGUUGAUGAGGGUGAAGGCAGUGGGGCAGAGAGGCCGAGGUCCCCCAUCUCGAGGGUAUCAUGGAAUGGGACUGGCAGCCAACAGAAUGGAGAGAAUGGAGAGAAGGGAGGAGGGGAAGAGGAGGGACUGGAGAAGGACAAGACUAGAUACAGCAGACAAGACAGUCCUGCUGCUGAUAACAACUAUACAGACCUGUCUCACACGUCGUCUCCCUCGCUGUCGGAGCAGCUGCGUCUGGGACGGGAUGAGGCCACAGGGCCUGGUAUCAACGUGGAGUGUAGGAUCUGUGCUGACAAAGCUUCAGGGUUCCACUACGGUGUGCAUGCCUGCGAGGGCUGCAAGGGCUUCUUCCGGCGGACCAUUCGGAUGAAGCUGGAGUACGAGCGCUGUGAGAGAGCCUGUAAGAUCCUGAAAAAGAACCGUAAUAAGUGCCAGUACUGCCGCUUCCAGAAGUGCCUGGCCCUGGGCAUGUCCCAUGACGCGAUCCGGUAUGGGCGUAUGCCGGGGGCUGAGAAGAAGAAGCUAGUGGCUGGCCUGCUAGCAGAGGAGCUGGACCCCCACCACCUUGGUGGCUCAGACCUCAAGACCCUGGCUAAACAGGUGUACCAAGCCUACCUGAAGAACCUCAUUAUGACCAAGAAGAAAGCCCGCAGCAUCCUCACCGGCAAGACCAGCUGCACAUCGCCAUUUGUGAUCCAUGAUGUAGACACCCUGUGGCAAGCAGAGAGUGGUCUAGUGUGGAACCAGUUAAUCCCGGGCGCGCCCCUCACAAAGGAGAUAGGGGUACACGUGUUUUAUCGCUGUCAAUGCACCACGGUGGAGACGGUACGAGAGCUAACUGAGUUCGCCAAGAACAUCCCAGGGUUUGUGGAUCUCUUCCUCAACGACCAGGUGACACUACUGAAGUAUGGCGUCCACGAGGCCAUCUUCGCCAUGCUGCCCUCCCUCAUGAACAAAGAUGGCCUCCUGGUGGCCAAUGGGAAGGGCUUUGUGACCCGGGAGUUCCUGAGGAGCCUCCGUAAACCAUUCAGUGAGAUCAUGGAGCCCAAGUUUGAGUUUGCUGUGAAGUUCAAUGCUCUGGAGCUGGAUGACAGUGACCUGGCUCUGUUUGUGGCCAUUAUCAUCCUGUGUGGAGACCGCCCAGGGCUAAUGAACGUGAAGCAGGUCGAACAGAGUCAGGACGGUAUUCUCCAGGCCUUGGACCAGCACCUGCAGGCCAACCACCAGGACUCCCUCUACCUCUUCCCCAAGCUGCUGAACAAGAUGGCCGACCUCAGACAGCUUGUCACAGAGAACGCCUUGCUGGUGCAGAAGAUCAAGAAGACCGAGUCGGAAACCUCUCUGCACCCUCUACUACAGGAGAUCUAUAAGGACAUGUACUGACUGGACUAAACCAGACUGAACAUGUACUGACUGGGCUAAACCAGACUGAACUGAACUGGACUGGGACUUCUGCUAGUGCAGGAUUUCUACAAGGACAUGUACUCGUCUCCUCAGAAGUAGUGCACAACAUAAGGAAUAGGUUGUCAUUUCAGACACACCCCUAGUCUGAGACCUCAUUGCUCCCGCUACUGCAGGAGCUCAACAAGAACAUGACUGGACACAGUGGCCUAAACCGGACCAACUCGGACUAGACUUUGUUGCAUCUGCUCCUACAGGAAUUGGACUAAACCAGAUUUAACAGGAUCGGACCGUACCUUGCUGCACUCUCUACUGUAGGAGAUCUAUAAAGACAUUCAUGUACUAGUCCUCCUCAUAAGCAAAGCCACACUGUUCAAUUCAAUACUUUAUUGUCCCCUUAGAGCAAACCCUGUCUUAGCAAAUAUUGUCCCCUUAGAGCAAAUACUGACUGUUGUUGACAGCAAUAUGUUUACAUAAUGAUGUUAUGUAUAUAUUAAUGUACAAUACCAAUCAAAUGUUUGGACACACCUACUCAUUCCAGGGUUUUUCUUUAUUUUUACUAUUUUCUAUAUUGUAGAAUAAUAGUUUAGACAUCAAAACUAUGAAAUAACACACAUAGAAUCAUGUAGUAACCAAAAAAGUGUUAAUCAAAUUAAAAUAUGUUUUAAAUUUGAGAUUAUUUAAAGUAGCCACCCUUUGACAGCGUUGCACACUCUUGGCAUUCUCUCAAACAGCUUCAUGAGGUAGUCACCUGGAAUACAUUGCAAUUAACAGGCGUGCCUUGUUAAAAGUUAAUUUGUGGAAUUUCUUUCCUUAAUGUGUUUUAGCUAAUCAGUUGUGUUGUGACAAAGUAGGAGUGGCAAGAACAGCUCAAAUAAGUGAAACAACAGUCCAUCAUUACUUUAAGACAUGAAGGUCAGUCAAUCUGGAAAAUUUCAAGAGCUUUGAAUGUUUCUUCAAGUGCAGUCGCAAGUGCUAUGAUGAAACUGGUUCUCAUGAGGACCGCCACAGGAAAGGAAGACCCAGAGUUACCUCUGCUGCAGAGGAGAAGUUCAUUAGAGGUAACUGCACCUCAGAUUGCAGACCAAAUAAAUGCUUUACAGAGUUCAAGUAACAGACACAUCUCAACAUCAACUGUUCAGACUGCGUGAAUCAGGCCUUCAUGGCCGAAUUGCUGCAAAGAAACCACUACUAAAGGAUACCAAUAAGAAGAAGAUACUUUCUUGGGGCAAGAACACGAGCAAUGGACAUUAGACCGGUGGAAAUCUGUCCUUUUGGUUCCAAACGCCAUGUCUUUGUGAGACGCGGAGUAGGUUAACGGAUGAGCUCUGCAUGUGUGGUUCCAACCGUGAAGCAUGGAGGAGGAGGUGUGAGGGUGCUUUGCUGGUGACGCUCAGUGAUUUAUUUAGAAUUCAGGGCCCACUUAACCAGCAUGGCAACCGAAGCAUUCUGCAGUGAUACGCCAUCCCAUCUGGUUUGGGCUUAGUGGGACUAUCAUUUGUUUUCAACAGGACAAUGACCCAAAACACACCUCCAGGCUGUGUAAGGGCUAUUUGACCUAGAAGGAGAGUGAUGGAGUGCUGCAUCAGAUGACCUGGCCUCCACAGUCCCCCGACCUCAACCAAAUUGAGAUGGUUUGGGAUGAGAUGGAUCACAGAGUGUAGGAAAAGCAGCCAACAAGUGCUCAGCAUAUGUGGAAACUCCUUCAAGACGGUUGGAAAAGCAUUCCUCAUGACGCUGGUUGAGAUAAUGCCAAGAGUGCAAAGCUGUCAUCAUAGCAAACGGUGGCUACUUUGAAGAAUAUAAAAUAUUAUUUGAUUUAUCGCUUCAUACACUACACUUUUUUUGGUUACUACAUGAUUCCAUGUGUUAUUUCAUAGUUUUGAUAUCUUCACUAUUAUUCUACAAUGUAGAAAAUAGUACAAUUAAAGAAAAAUCCAUGAAUGAGUAGGUGCUGCUGUAGGGAUUUCGCUAAUGGAGGUAACACUAACACUAAUGGAGUUACGAGACCAAUUAUGUAGACCUAUUCUUCCAGAGUAAUGUUGUGAAUGGGUACUACUACCCUAAUUGAGUCUGUUGCCAAAACCUGGCAAACCUUUUUUUAACAGGUUUCACUUCACAUUAUGACUAAAAUUUUGUCGUCUCAUGAAUGCAUUUGGAGGUUUGCUGUUAAGGAAAUUGUUUAUUCAGGUUACAAAGUAUUUAUAAGUUCUAAAGAGACUAUAUAGAAGUUUCUUAACAACAUGGUGCAGGUCAAAAGGAAAAUGGGAUGGUGCAGGUCAAAAGGAAAAUGGGAUGGUGCAGGUCAAAAGGAAAAUGGGAUGGUGCAGGUCAAAAGGAAAAUGGGAUGGUGCAGGUCAAAAGGAAAAUGGGAUGGUGCAGGUCAAAAGGAAAACGGGAUGGUGCAGGUCAAAAGGAAAACGGGAUGGUGCAGGUCAAAAGGAAAACGGGAUGGUGCAGGUCAAAAGGAAAACAGGAAACAGAUGUUAAUCAAUAUGGAUAGUGUUAGAGUUCGAAAAACGAGUUAUUAACAUAAACUUGAGCCUCUACCUUUCCUUGGUUAUACUGUAUUCAACUGAAUAUUUGUUAACAUUUUCAUACUUCUCUCAGAAUCGUUUCAUACACUACUGGUACUGUUAGCAGUAGAGCAAUUGUUUUAGGGAAUUUAAUUGUAGUUAGGGAAUAAAAAAAAGUUAAUGAAUAAUGUUCACCAGAAUAAUGGUGGUAAUUUUGUUAGAUUGUACAGAUGUGUGCUCUUUGGUUUAUCCAAGUGGUGAGUUGUAAUGUUAUAAUAUACCUGGGUACACAAAUUAUAAAUGUAUAGAUAAUUAUGACAACUAAUGACACAAAGUCUUACGUAAGUUUUUAAGGCUGUCAUCUUUCAGUGAUCAUCGGUUAUGGACAGGUACCACUGUGAAAUGUGACUACCCCCAACAUGUUUUCUAAAAUACUGAAGUAAUAUUUUCUAGAUGAGUUUGGCCUUUUACUUUGAGAGGUGUGAUUCUGUAUCUAAUCUAGAUUGAUGGAGAACCAGCAAAGGACCAGUCCUUAAACCUUAGUGUAUUACUUACGUUACUGGUACAUGUAAUGUAGUGGUGCCUGCCUAUCUUACCACGACUCAGGACAGACAACGUGGCUGCUUUGUGGAUUAAAGAUAUGUCUGGCAUAAUACAUUUGAAUAAUGAGAGAUGAAUAUCAAGACCAAAAUCACACCUUUGAACUCUGCAUCCACUCAGGACUAUAAUGUACAACACUGAACAAACUACUUUUUCAAGGAUUUUAUGUAUUCUAUCUAUAAUUUCAUUAUUGUUUCUAGGUCUGCACUCUCUGGGGUUGGGACUUUAAUAAAUGCAAAAUAGCAAAUAAAAAGUGUUUUAUGUAAA